AUGAAUGAGGAUUUCUGUGAAAUGCAAUGUUACCUAGAGCCAAACUGCGUCAGUUAUAAUUUUAAAAACAAUGGAGAACACAAAUGCGAUCUGAAUAACGCCACAUAUGAACACGACAACGAACACUCAGGCGACCUCUCGAAGAACGAAAAUUAUGUGUAUCGCGGAGCUGAGCAAAAGCCAAGCAUUGAGGCUGUAGUUGGGUUUGUCGCCGGAGAUUGUGGCUCACCGAUGGGAAUGGAAGAUGGAACCAUUCCAGACUCCGCAUUAAAAGCUUCAAGUGAGUGGAGCUCUGAUUUUGGACCCAGUAAAGGAAGGCUCAACCAUCGCACCACCUAUAUAGCCAAGGAGAGUAACAAAGGGCAGUGGAUCCAGGUGGAUCUUGGGAAGAUCGCAAAAGUAACCAAAAUCGGAACUCAGGGUAGCUAUUAUUGGAAGUAUCACUGGAAGUAUCGUCAGUGGGUGUCCAAGUACACUGUCUCUCACAGUGUUAACGGGGGAUACUUUGAGAAUCAAAUUCAUAAAUCAAGCGACGUUCGUAGGGAAUAUAACGCCAACAAAGACGGUACAAAUCUUGUCGUCAAUACAUUAGAUGAGCCAAUUCUAGCUCGUUACGUCCGCAUUCACCCAACCAAAUGGCGUAGACACAUAUCGAUGAGGUUGGAAUUGUAUGGCUGCUAUUCAGAUUUUGCGACUGCUAAGCCUCCUACAUGCAUGGCAAGCCUCGGAUUAGAAAAUAACGAAAUCCCUGAUUCGUCCAUAACGGCUUCAAGCAGACAUUCAGCUACCUAUAGAGCUAGCCAGGGUCGGCUUUACCAACAAGGAAGCUGGAUAGCUGAAGGAAAUGGCGCGAGGCAAUGGUUUCAAGUAGAUUUUGUAAAUUGGACCAAGGUGACUGGUGUGGCCAUCCAGGGAAAUUCGCACGGGUGGUAUUUAUGGGUUACGAAGUUCAAACUUGCUUACAGUUACGAUGAAGUGUUUUUCAGUGACUACAGGGAAGAGGCUGAAAAUGCAAAGGUAUUGUUUUAGUAUCGCGUAACAGCUGUCCAUUUAAGAUGUGCAUUUGCCCAAUGUUCUCUUUGAAGCAGGAAAUGUUACUCUCAUAAG